UCGGAAGGAAAAACCAAGGAAAAUUUUCCCUUCGUCGGGACAACCCGACCCGGUUUACCGCCAAUUUACUGCCGGCUUCAGUUUGUUUGAUUGACCACUUUGCUUGGGAUUUUCGUCCUUUUCAAUUUACAGUUGAAAAGUGUUGAUUUUUCGUUUCUCUUCAUUUUCUCUGCUGAUUUUCUCGGCAUCCAAACCAUGGAAAGCUUAACCCUUCACUGCGUCUCCACCGCCUCCAUCACUCCUUUCUCGCUCAAUUCCCGGUCUUCCCUCCAUUUCCGCUCUAAAGUACCCCAACCAUCCAUUUUACCGCCUUCUUCAUUCCCCACUCUCCGAUCUCCUCGCAAUUCUCUCUGGUUUUCCCCACUUCCCAAAUUAAGAAACCCUUUCCUUUCCCCUACGCGUGCUACUUCUCAGAACGACAACGACCCACUACCUCAAACGACACCCCAUCCUCCUCCAUCUCCGCCCCAAGGAGCCAAACUCAUCCCUUUCCUUAUCUCAAUUUCCAUAGGCCUCAUUGUCCGUUUCCUCGUACCCAAACCCGUUGAAGUAACCCUGCAAGCCUGGCAACUCCUCGCCAUCUUUUUAUCAACAAUCGCCGGUCUCGUCUUAAGCCCUUUACCCGUCGGAUCAUGGGCUUUUUUAGGCCUCACCGUUUCCAUCGUCACCGGAACGCUGUCGUUUACGACCGCCUUCAGUGCAUUCACCAACGAAGUGAUUUGGCUGAUUGUUAUUUCCUUCUUCUUCGCUCGUGGGUUCGUUAAAACGGGGCUCGGUAAUAGGAUCGCUACUUAUUUCGUCAAAUGGUUGGGAAAAAGCACCUUGGGAUUGUCUUAUGGGUUGACUUUGAGUGAGGCCUUGAUUGCGCCGGCGAUGCCUAGUACAACGGCCAGAGCUGGCGGCGUUUUCUUACCCAUAAUCAAGUCCUUGUCUCUGUCAGCGGGAAGUAGGCCAGGAGACUCAUCAUCUCGGAAGCUUGGGAGUUAUCUAGUUCAAUCGCAGUUUCAGGCUUCUGGCAACUCCAGUGCUCUUUUCCUUACUGCUGCAGCUCAAAAUUUGCUUUGCCUCAAAUUAGCCGAGGAGCUUGGUAUUAUUGUUAUAAAUCCUUGGGUUUCAUGGUUCAAGGCUGCUAGUUUACCCGCACUUGUUUCUCUACUGCUAACUCCGCUUAUUUUAUACAAGCUUUACCCCCCUGAAAUCAAAGAUACUCCCGACGCCCCGGCAAUGGCGGCAAAGAAACUAGAGAAGAUGGGUCCCGUCACGAGAAAUGAAUGGAUCAUGGUUGGAACUAUGCUUCUUGCAGUUACUCUGUGGGUCUGUGGAGAUGCCAUCGGUAUACCAAGUGUCGUGGCUGCAAUGAUUGGUUUGUCAAUACUCCUCCUGUUAGGAGUGCUCGAUUGGGAUGACUGCUUGAGCGAAAAAUCGGCAUGGGAUACAUUGGCCUGGUUCGCUGUUUUGGUAGGCAUGGCAGGCCAAUUGACAAACGUCGGGAUAGUGAGUUGGAUGUCCGGUUGUGUUGCUAAAAUCCUUCAAUCUCUCUCAUUAAGCUGGCCUGGUGCAUUUGUUGUUCUUCAGGCAUCAUACUUUUUCAUCCACUACCUAUUUGCAAGCCAAACUGGUCAUGUAGGAGCAUUAUACUCCGCUUUUCUUGCUAUGCAUGUAGCAGCCAGAGUACCCGGUGUAUUAGCAGCGUUGGCUCUUGCUUUCAAUACCAAUCUUUUCGGUGCACUAACCCAUUAUAGCAGCGGUCAGGCUGCCGUCUACUAUGGAACUGGAUAUGUAGAGCUACCCGACCUAUUCAAAAUGGGUUUCGUAAUGGCCAUUGUUAAUGCCAUCAUCUGGGGAGGUGUUGGAGCUUUGUGGUGGAAACUUUUGGGUCUCUACUGACUCAAUUCCAACUCUAUUUUACUUGAAAGAGAUGUAUAUGUAUAUUUGGUAAGACAUUUUUCGUAGUUA